UCUGAGUGGCCCGAGGCUGUAGGCAACUAACCAAGCCUCAACGCUAUAAAAAGGAGGUGACACUCAGACCUACAUGCCUUUCAUCAACUCUGUUUUGGGGAUACCUGGUGGGGAAAAAUCCUUGGGCACCAUGCCGACCGAUCUGGAAAAUUCCUUGAACUCAAUCAUUUCUGUCUACCACAAGUACUCCCUGGAGAAAGGGAAUUACCAUGCCCUCUACAGGGAUGAUCUGAGGAAGCUCUUAGCUACUGAGUGUCCUCAGUAUGUGAAGAAAAAGGAUGCCGACACUUGGUUCAGAGAGUUGGAUGUCAACAGUGACAAUGCCAUCAACUUCCAGGAGUUCCUCAUAUUGGUCGUGAAGAUAGGUGUGAUAGCCCAUGAGGACAGCCACAAAGACUAGCAGAAGCUGCUGGGCCCGGGGUAGGCCCAGGGACUUGUACCUGCGGGACAAUAAAGUGAUUGAUACCUCAGA